AGACGUACCACGUGACUAAAUAAACAUGGCCGAAAUUCUGACCUGGGAAAAUUUUCUGCGAAGUUCUCCGUCAGUACUUCGUUUCUAACACAGCUGCAGAGUCAGUUCAGGAAGUUGGAUUUGCAUUAAAACGUACAGAUAUAAUCAGGGAAUUGGCCAUCCUGAACCAUGGACAAGGACCAAGCAGUGACAGAGGCCUCAACCUCGGGCGUCAUCAGCGAAUCAGCCAACGUGGUCGUCCAGCGUCUGUCCACGGGCAGCCCUCUCUGGAACCUGACGGCCACGGAUGGAGAAACAGAGGGGGAGGUAAUGGGCUUCCCUUACCCCCAUUUGAGCCCAGGCCUGCUGGCCGGUCAUGGUUGCGCCGCAAGCGACAUAACUUAUGACGCCGCUUGCAUGGAUAUUGCUAGUGGGAUGAGCAAAGAAGAUGCCAGUUUGUACAAUAUUCCCAGCGCCGCUUCCCUCCUCACGGAAGACCAAUUCCACAUAAUCGACCAGGCACUCUUGGUCGAAGCUCCCCAGCCCGAGCCCAAGGCCGGCACCCACGUGUCUGCACUAUCCAGGGAGGAUUCCAUGGAUGGCAGGGCACCGGUGAAGACGGAGAGCCAGGAUAGUUUCCCCAGCAGAAUGGUCAACGUCGGCAGCUGCGACAGUUUGGAUCGGUUCGUCAGCGAGGGCAACCCCAUGCUGAGUGAAAACGAUCAGUUUGACGAGCAGAUUCUUAUGAAUGCGUCCACUGAUUCUCUCAAAUUGGACAUCCCUGGGGUCCUAGACCUUUCUGGUGAGAGUCUAGAGACGCGGCAACUCCUCGAAGAGGUCAUGAACUCUGAACUCUUGGAAGGGGUCAUCAAGAACGAGUGUCUGGAUGGCAGGGUGGCUGCCACAGCCGUUGUGACCACCAGCGAUGGUGACACUUCGGCCGGGGAAGGCAUCAAACAGAAAGGACGCGGAGGCGGCAGGAGGAAGCAGGGCAGCUCUGAGAAGGCCGUGCCGCUGAGACGCAGCGAGAGACACAAGAAGACAGAAGAGCCAAAAGUUGAAGCAUCUCAAGAGACACAGGUGAAAGAGGAGGUUGGGAAAGGCGGUCCGAAACAGGAUGAGGUUAAGAAAGAAGACGCCAAUAAGGAUGCAAAGAAAGAUCUUGAAGAGAAGGUCUCUGAGACAAAACAUGUGAAAGGGACAAGGAAGAGCCAAAGAUCUAAAGCCAAGGACAAAGAGGAGAAAGAGAAACCUCAGGAAGAGGAAUCUGAAGAUGGAUAUGAACAAGAUAAGGAAACCUUGGGAUCGUCAGAAAGUUCAAAAGGAAGACAUGACACCAGACGGAAACGAACCUACCGCAAACGGAAGCAGAGCAAAGAACAGGAGACUGACUCUGAUCUCGAGGACGGCGGAAAGUCCCUGAAGGAAAUCCAACAAGAGCUGAAGAGCAAGAGGCAUGCCCAACCUCUCAAAGAAGGCCAUCAACUGAUUCAAGAAGGCCCUAAAAAAGAUGCAGAAAAGGGUGCUCCCAAGUCAGGAGAUGCCAAUAAGAAAGACGCUCGCAGGCGGAGUGAGGAGGGCCAACAAUCCAGGUCAGAUCACACCUACGAGAGGCGACGUUCAGGAUCCACAUCCGAACAAGGGCCUUCCCUCUUCACGCCGGAUAACGCUGUCUUCAUCAAGCUUGGUGGCGAAGGGGAGCCGAAAAGCCGCACCUUGGAGAGAAGAGUAAGGGACAGAUCAAAGUCUUUGGGUGAAUCGAGAAAUCAAGAUCUAGAAGAAGGCGAGCUGUCAUCGGAUAACGCUGGAGAGGACAUGGACAAUGACAGUGACUGGACCAGCGGUGAUGAUCCAGAGAAGCUGUGGUGCAUCUGUCGCAAGCCACACGACAACAGGUUUAUGAUUUGCUGCGACCAUUGUGAGGAAUGGUACCACGGCUCCUGCGUGGACAUCACCAAGGCCGAAGGCAAGCGACUGGAUCGGGAGAAAGUACCAUGGAUAUGCCCUGUCUGCAUCGAGAAACAAAAACGAGACACUAAGAGAGAGAUGAAGUCGGCGAAGGAAGGCGAGACAAGCAACGCUCCCACAGAAAAACCUGCCGAAAAACCCUCUCAGACGGCAACCGUGGAGAAAGCCCCCGAAGACAGCGCUGUGGUGAAGAGUCAAGGGCCGGAUGUCAAAGGUCAAGGGUCGGAGGUCAGCAAAGCUGACCAGAAGGAGGGAACUGGCAAGUCACCGGAACUGCCGCACUCCACGAAGAAGAAAAGGCUGAAGUUCUACAAGCCCCCACCACCCAAGCAGCAUUGCAUCGGUCCCGGGUGCCAGAACUGGGCCAGGCCGGGCUCCAUCUACUGCGGCAACGAUUGCAUCGUCCGCCAUGCCCGACAGUCCAUCCGCCUGAUCCACCAAGAAAAGGAGAAAGCACUGGGCUCCAAAUAUAGGAGGGACUCCACCGGGUCUAUGGCAAACAGGAAUAUCGUGAGCCCCAGCAGCCAUCGGCAUGAGCCUGAGCGCAUCCCGGUCUUGGAGCGUCACACGGGCAAGGUCCGGACGGGGCUGUCGGCGCCCAUCCAGGAGCAAGUCUACGAUUUCCUGGAGAGGCAUCCGUCGUAUGAGGUGCUGCGGCCGGGCACUCAGCACGGAGUCGCUGCGUUCUACUCGGCCAAACCCAAACAGACAAAGGAUAAGAAGGACGAACAGAUCGAGGCGCGAGUCCGCGAACGCGAACGAGAAGAACAGAAACAGCGUGACGCGAAGUCAGAACCCAAGACAAACCCCCAGAAAGACCAGGGUAGGGAGGGAGAGAAAACAAAAGACAAGACACCGUCGAAAGAGAAAGCUUCGACGUCUAAGGAGAAGGCAUCAACUUCGAAGGAAAAGACGCCCACCAAGGAACAGCCGGAGAAGAAUAAGAGAACGGAAGAACAAGCGAAGGAGAGCGUCCGGCGAAACGUGAGGGAGUCGCUGCGAGACAUGCUAGCUACCAGGGUGAAAGGGGCCAAAGACUUGAAGGACUUUGAAGACCAAGUCAAGAAGAAGGCUUACAUGAUAGAGUAUGAGCUGUACCGUCUGUAUAACGACACUGGCUCCAAGUACAAGUCACGAUAUCGUAGUCUGUUCUUCAACAUCAAAGACAGUAAAAAUCAGGGUCUAUUCCGUCGGAUUCUGAAAGGCGGGAUCCCGGCCUCCAAGCUGGUGCGUAUGUCCUCCGAGCAGCUUGCUUCCAAAGAACUGGCGCAGUGGAGGGAACGCGAAGCUAAACAUUCUCUUGAGAUUAUCGUGCACGAGGAGGCUGAGAGAAAGUCGCAGCCGCUGACCAAGAAGACUCACAAGGGAGAAGUGGAGAUCAACGACGAUAACCUGAGCACGCUGGAGGCUCACGACAAAGAAACCAAACCCACCAUCGACAUGAAAAUCAUUGAGAAGAACGUCUCCUCAGCCACCAACCCCCUGGACAACAUGCUCGUCGACACCACCUCCCAGCACCGCGCCCACCUCUUCGACCUCAACUGCAAGAUCUGCACGGGCAAGAUGCCCGCCCCCCGCGAGGAAGACUCCGCCCCCGCCAAGAAGGCCAAAGUGGCCCGGACCGCCUCCGCGCCCGAGGAGGAGGGGGAGGGGCCUAGUGGGAGUCCUGUUGGGGUCGGAGGUCAGGAGGCGGAGCUUGAGAAAGAGAUUGUCGGACAGAUGAGCCCCAUGGAAACGGAUGAUGCUGAACCAUUGUCCCAAUCUGAUGACAUGCCAUCGCCCCAGAACAGCCCCAUCCCGCCCUCCCCCAAGGAGCAACCUCCCAUCCGACGCCCGCCUCCGUCCCUCUGGAAUGGCUCCCUGACCAUGGAGGAAGUGGCCAGGUUCAUCAUGGCCGGGUUCCACGUCUCAGGACCCAUACGGACGAUAUCCCUGGACAUGCCAGAGAACAUCGUCAUCUGCGGCCGCAUCCCGUACCCCGUGGUCUGGGACUACUUCAAGCAGCUCCGCAAGGCCAACAACACGGACCUCAUCGUGCUCCGCUUCCACGUCGUUAACGAGGAGGACAAACCGGCCUACAUCUCCCUGUUCCAGUAUUUCCACAGCCGCCAGCGGAUCGGCGUGGUCGGCAACAAUCGCAACCACAUCAAGGACAUGUAUAUACUGCCACUGUCGGCCCACGAGCCGAUACCGCAGGAGAUUAUGCCCUUCAAAGGGCCUGGUUUAGCAGAGCCCCGUCCCCACAUGCUCCUGGGCCUGAUGGUGCGACACCGCGACCGAGCCCGGUCAGCCAGCUUGGGGCAACCCCCUCGACAGAGCACCUCCCAUCACCACCACGACCCUCACCAGCAGCCCAAGCCGCAACCCUCGCAGCAGAAACGCCGCCUCUCCGACACGCAUGCGCUGAGCAUGAUGCCGCAUUCUCCGACUGACCCCGAGGAAUUCUUGAACAACCCGGAAGACCACGGCUUCGAGCCGAAGCGUUUCCGGCCAUCCCAGGAACCUCUGUUCAUUCCGGAGAAGCAGCUCAUGGAUCCGAUCGUCGCGCAGUACGCCAAUGCGGAUCCAACGGAGCUCACUGCCGAGCCCUACUCGCCAACCCAAGAAGAGAUUGAAGCCCCGUAUGACCCGGCCGACGUCCUGGAUGUCAUAGGUGAAGUGUCCAAGCCCAAAGGUCAAGCAUCUGGAGAUGAAUCCGGCAAGGAGGCGUCGAUGCAAAGCCCCUCCAAACUCACGUCACUCCUCCAGGAGAGUGCGCAGAACAUGAGUGCCAGCGAGAUUGCAAACGCUGCGUCAGACGUCACAGCUAACUUACUUACGGCGUUCAGCUCCAAACCGGACUUAACGGAGCAGCAGCAACUUCUCAUCAAACUCACCCAACAGGUUGAGGAUGCCAAGAAGGCGCUCCUAGACCGACAGAUAGCAUCGCUGCAGUCUGAGAUUGACAGAGCAACUAGUGAUUCCGACUUCAGCCCCGGACACAGCUCUGUCUCCACCCCUAGGCAACCUAUCACAGUCGUUGGUGGCGCAACGAGUCAACUCCAAGUUCCAGAGGGCCCUGUGGACGAUCAGCAAGGCUCGCCGCAAAUUCGCCGCGCCCCAGCAGACUCCAGCACAGCCAUCGUCGACGACCAAGGCGGCGCCACACCGACCAAAGAUGAACCUCAAUCCAAAGACGUGGAACCAAAAUCAGAGCCUAUACCGACCAAAAAGGAUCGCUCGGCGCUAGAUUUCAUCCAGGCGAAGUUAUUUGAACCCAAGGCGAUUCCCUCGGUAUCGUCAAAAAUCUCCGCCCCAACUCCGCCUCCAAUUAGCAGGAUCCCGAUCAUUAACGUACCAGAAUCAGAACCCUCGCCACCAUUCCAGGGCACGUACGAGCCCGAGUUCACUCCACCCGCAACAACGCCAACGUACAACCCUGCCUCGUACAGCUACGAUCAGAGCCAACAGCAGAGUGCUCCCUUUGGUGAGCAGCCGUACAACCCGGACCCGGCUUACAACCCGGCUCAGCCAACCUCCCCAGUGGAGGAAUACCCACCGAAGGAAGAGCCGAAAUGGACGGGAACCAGGGAUUACGAUCACGGAAAGCCCGGUCCCAGUGUGUCGGCUUACCCCCAGGAGGACUACAACCGGUACCCGUACGGCGGGAACCAGGACGUGGAUUACAGACAGUACGAAUACGGCCAGCAGUCUUUCGGCGACAGGCCCUACGAUGCUUACAAUCGGGAUUACAACGAUCCGAACAGCCGGGGCAGAGGUCACGAUUGGGGUCACCGUGGUGAACAGCGUGGUGAUCGAGAUGCGCGAGGCUACGGCGAGGGGAAAGAACAGGACUGGAGGUAUCAGACGCGCGAUUACGGACACGGUUACUCCAGAUACUAGACUCUCACCACUAACAUUCGUAGAACGAUAAAAUAUACGUAGCAAAAAUACGUACGCUUUGUACAUAUCACAAAUUGCUAAAGCUAAAGUAUUCGUACAUUAUGUAUGAUUGUCUGAAUACAAAAUCUCUAACAAGUAAAAGUUGAUCGUUGGAUUUUUGCGCCCGUCUGUGAUUGUCCUCAUAAACUGCAAUUUGUGAGAUAAAAAAGUUGGAACUUGCAUGUAGAACUUGCGUGUGCUUAACAGUGUGCUGGAAAGGAACGUAGUGUAGCGAAGUACAUCAGUCAGAGGUUGAAUUUUGACCCGAGAGAGAAAAAGUCAUUGAAAGUUUUAUCCAAAUUUUUCCCUUUUUAAGUUUGCCACCCCAUACCUUAUGGUAUUUACCCAAAAAAAUGUCUCGUUGCUAAUUUUUUGUUCUCCAUUUUUUGUUCCCUUAGAAAAAGGCAAUAUUGCCAAAAGGAUCCAUUUUUUUUGUUGAUAGGAGUCCUUAUUACUUGUUACAUUUUUACGCCUGUUUUUCUCAAAAUUUCCUCAGUCGAACAAAGAAAAUGCUGAAGCGUCAUUCUUGGAGUUAAAUCGAUAUUAUUUUAAUGUGUAUUGGUAUUUUAUUCCGGUUGCAUGAAAUUUGCAUAAACCUACCUUAAAUUAAGUAAGAUUUGAGGCUUUGCAUGGUGGAGAUACUAAAUAAUGAAAGGUUUGCGGAAACACCAUGUGCGAAUAAUUUCUCAACUAAAGAGAAUGGUUCUGAAUGGUUCUUUUCAGAACCAUUCUCUUAGUUGAGAAAUUAUUCGCACAUGGUGUUUCCGCAAACCUUUCAUUACUACCUUAAAUUCUUAAAAUAUUGAAUCUGUUUGGGUUUUUCUCGUUCAAAAACCAAAAAAAAUGUUACUGGUCUACUGCAGCGUUAAAUUCCCGAAGAUUCACGAGUUUUCCUAUAAACAAAAACGUGAAAGAAUUCAGGCCACAUCAAAGAGAUAUUUGAUCUUGCAACCGAAUGGCAAAAACCUUUUUCUCUGUAAUGACUGAUUGUACUUUAUCUGGGAAGAGGUUGUUUCCAGUGUCAACAUUGUGCUAACAUGAAGAUAUCCGAGUAACAAUUGAAGCCGUGUUGGUAGUAAUGUUUUAACACGUCCUAGUGAUUGAUGUUUUACAAUGUGUAUAUUGUAAGCUGCUUCGGUGUAUUUUCUUGUAUAUAAAAAAUAAAAGGCGCAUUCUUCAAAGUUUAA